UACACGCCGGGACAUCGGUGCAAGCAGAAUUUCUUGAUCGAGUUCGUGGACCUGGAUGACGAGGAGCCGGUGAUCGAGGAAGAACGGGAGAUGGAGGUCGAGGUGCUCAAUGAUGACGCCGAGAUCUCAGUCCAUGCGAUGGCGGGCACUAAAAGGCCGAGGACUAUGAAGUUACCGGCGUGGUUGAGGGAUCGGCGGGUUACGGUACUCGUGGACAAUGGAUCAUCGCACAAUUUCAUUAAUGCGACUCCCUCGCACAAACUCAAGUUGCCCACGACCACAAUUGAGCCGUUCGAGGUUAGGGUGGCGAAUGGCGAGCGCUUGCGGUGCUCGGAGAUGUAUUGGGGCGUGCCGACCAAGUUUCAAGGAGUGACGGUGAAGGCGGAUUUGUUCGCCUUACCAUUGGUGGGACCGGAUGUGUUGCUUGGGGUGCAGUGGCUCGAGGGACUAGGAGAUGUGACGACUAAUUACCGAAAAGGUGUGAUGAAGUUCGAGGCCGGUGAUCAGCUCGUUACCUUGAAAGCUAGUGAAGGGGCAACCAAGGAGGUCGAUCUAAAAAACAUCGAGAAU